CUCUCGGCCAUGGCUAGGCUCUGCCGGCGCAUCCCCUGCGCCCUGCUCCUCGGCCUGGCCGCGGUGCUGCUGAAGGCGCGGCUGGUCCCCGCGGCCGCCAGAGCCGAACUCAGCCGCUCCGACCUCAGCCUCAUCCAGCAGCAACAGCAGCAGCAGCAACAGCAAAAGCAGCGGGAGGAGGCGGAGGAGGAGAGGCCAGAGGUGCCUGGGGCAUCCUCUACUUUGCCGGUUCCAGUGUCUGUAUUUAUGCUAAAAGUCCAGGUGAAUGACAUCAUCAGUCGCCAGUACUUGAGUCAAGCAGUUGUGGAGGUAUUUGUUAACUACACAAAGACAAAUUCUACGGUAACUAGAAACAAUGGAGCAGUAUUGAUAAAGGUGCCCUACCAAUUAGGACUCAGCUUAACCAUCCUUGCUUACAAAGAUGGCUACGUCUUGACACCUCUGCCUUGGAAAACUGGAAGGAUGCCAAUAUAUUCUUCAGUUACACUUUCACUGUUCCCUCAAAGCCAAGCAAAUAUAUGGCUCUUUGAAGACACUGUUUUGAUUACUGGAAAAUUAGCUGAUGCCAAAUCUCAACCAAGUGUUCAGUUUUCAAAAGCCUUCAUUAAACUUCCUGACAACCAUCAUAUUAGCAACGUGACUGGCUAUCUAACAGUUCUACAGCAGUUUUUAAAGGUGGACAAUUUUCUGUAUACGACCGGAAUCACUCUUAACAAACCAGGUUUGGAAAACAUUGAGUUGACUCCUCUUGCUGCAAUAUGUGUGAAAAUAUAUUCUGGAGGAAAAGAACUAAAGGUGGAUGGCUCUAUUCAUAUAUCUCUUCCUCUUCUACAUACAAAUCAUGUAAACAUGGGAGAUCGCAUACCUGCUUGGACAUUUGAUAUGAACACAGGUGCUUGGGUGCAUCAUGGCUGGGGAACAGUCAAGGAGCACAACAGUCAUUUGAUUUGGACCUACGAUGCACCACACUUGGGCUACUGGAUAGCAGCUCCAUUCCCAGGAGCUAGAGGUUCCGGUAUAAAUGAAGAUUCUAAAGACAUAACUGCGUACCACACGGUGUUCCUUACAGCCAUAUUAGGGGGAACAAUAGUUAUCAUCAUUGGAUUUUUUGCUGUACUACUUUGUUAUUGCAGGGGUAAAUGUGGAACACCACAGAAAAGAGAAAGAAAUAUCACUAAACUUGAGAUCCUCAAGAGAGACCAGACAACAUCAACAACACACAUAAAUCAUAUCAGUUCAGUCAAAGUUGCAUUAAAAGCUGAGGACAAGGCACAGUUAUUUAAUGCCCAAACCUCAUCCUACAGCCCCCAGAAAAAGGAAACCACCAAGAAGGAAGCAGAAGAAAGAAUUUCCAUGGUGAAAACUCGGGACAAUUUUAAAAUCUACAAUGAAGAUGUUUCCUUUCUGUCAGGCAAUCACAAUAACUACUCAAGAAAUCCAACACAGUCUUUGGAGCCAAGUAUAGGAAGCAAACAACUUAAGCAUAUUAAUAACAAUCUCUCUCCAUCACUAGGUGACGCUCAAGAGGACAAGAGGUAUCUCACAGGAAGUGAGGAGGUAUACGGGCGUUCCCACAUUCCCGAGCAGCUUAUGCAUAUCUACAGCCAGCCCAUUGCCAUCCUUCAGACAUCAGACCUUUUUUCCACACCAGAGCAGUUACAUGCUGCUAAGUCUGCCACUUUGCCACGAAAGGGACAGUUAGUCUAUGGCCAACUGAUGGAACCAGUGAACAGAGAAAACUUUACACAAACAUUGCCCAAAAUGCCAAUGCAUUCUCACAUCCAGGCCCCAGAUGCCAGAGAAGAAGACAUUGUACUCGAAGGUCAGCAGAGCUUGCCAUCCCAGACUUCCGAUUGGAGCCGAUAUUCCAAUAGCUUGUUGGAGUCUGUGUCUGUUCCCGGAACUCUAAAUGAAGCUGUUGUGAUGACUCCUUUUUCAUCAGAACUCCAAGGAAUUUCAGAGCAGACCCUCCUUGAGCUGUCCAAAGGCAAGCCCUCUCCCCAUCCCAGGGCAUGGUUUGUGUCUCUUGAUGGAAAGCCUGUGGCACAAGUGAGACACUCCUUUAUAGACCUGAAAAAAGGCAAGAGAACCCAGAGCAAUGAUACAAGUCUAGACUCUGGGGUGGAUAUGAAUGAGCAUCAUUCAAGCAGAAAGCUGGAGAGGGAGAAAACAUUCAUCAAAAGCAUGCAUCAGCCCAAGAUCCUUUACCUGGAAGAUUUAGACCUGAGCAGCAGUGAGAGUGGAACCACAGUCUGCUCCCCUGAGGACCCUGCAUUGAGGCACAUCUUAGAUGGGGGUAGCGGAGUUAUUAUAGAGCAUCCUGGGGAAGAGUCUCCGGGAAGGAAAAGCACCAUGGAAGAUUUUGAAGCCAACACAUCUCCCACUAAAAAAAGAGGCCGACCACCACCACUAGCCAAAAGAGAUAGCAAGACUAACAUCUGGAAGAAACGAGAGGAGCGUCCACUGAUUCCCAUAAACUAAUUGUGAGAGCCAUGUAUCUCUGUCAUUUCAUGGUGUGUAUUCUUGCUUCUUGUAAAUUGCAGUAUGAAUUUAGGAAGCUGAGACUGAGCAAUCUCAUGGGCCUUAGACACAUCUCAAGCAAAGUAGAUGGUAAAAUAAUAAUUCAAAAAUCAGAAAUGCUUUCUCUGGCCUGUUCUUUUCUUUUGCUUUUGAGUGAUGAAGAUAUCCAAGUUUUCAAAAUGUAAAAUAUGUUAUCUGAAAUCGUUGCUCAGUUUGCCAAUUGGUACUGACUCUUAAGACUACAGUAGUGAAAAGUGUGCUAAAGCUGCUUUUUAAAAUCUUACCUCUGCCUUGGUCUCGUGGGACAUGAAGGCAGGUGUCUUCUUCGGGCCUCAUCCUCCUGCAGUGUGACUAUGAUGUCUCUUCCUGCCUAUGCUUAAAAACAACUUGAUAAAUGUUUGGACGGAUGUUAAAGACCAAACGACACUUUCCUUCUUAAGAUUCAUGGUUUGUGGAUUGUCAGCACCAAAGUAAAUCCUGUGCUCCUAUAACACAGGCAGGAAGUCCCCAGUUCAUCAGAGGAGACCCAACUCUGGUUAUUUGGGGAUGUAGGUUUACGGAGAAAAUAAGGCAUUGACUUAGGUAGAAAUUUGAGAAGUGAAAACUCUGCUGUUGUCUUUUUAUUUCCAAAUGAAGUGACCUUAGUUGCCAGGUGAGAGGAGGCUAUGGUUUGCUUUGAGGUUCACUUAUCCGCAUAGGCUAAAAUCUGUUUUUAAUACUCUUGUCAGAACCCCAAUUCAAAUUCAGUCAUUUAGUGACUAUUACACUUGAUUAAAGCAUAAAAAAAAUUUCUUGUGAAUGCCAAAAAAUGAAGACUGUGGAGAUAAAGGAAGUGAAUAUUCCAUGUAAUUGGGCAGGAAAGGAAAGGCCAUUUUCCUGAUAUUCGAACAAUCGCCAGGGUAUGAGUUAGGUUUCUUCAUGUUGACACUGUUAGGAGAUGUUUGAGGAAAACAUUCUGGGUUUCAAGGGGGAGCUUGCCUUGUCGCUUGUAUCCAUGCAGCCUCACUGGUCAGUUCCAGGCAUUUAUCAGUGUCCUUUCCUCAGCGUGAACUCACGAGCUGCUUUCAGUUAUGUGUCCUCAACUCUUCUACAAAUAAAAGCUCUUUGAUCCAAUCAACCCAUCCUGUUCUACCUAAAAAUUCUUUCGAGGACACAUUUGUCCAGCAGCUCUCCCUUUCCUUUUGGUGUGAAGAAAUGGUUCUUCUUACCCCCUACCAUUCAAUGUAUGACAGCAGAGGAGAUUCAAGCCACCUGAACAAUUUAAGGAAACUAAAAUAGACACCCCAACUUUGUAAAAUUGUAGUUAUUCAAUGGAAGUCAGCAGUCCCCCCUCCAUCAAGACAAUAGACUUCAGCCAGUUUUUCCUGCAAUCCCUUCUGAAAUAUCUUACCUGUUGGAACUCUCCCGGCUUUAUGAAUUUAACCCAAAGAAUGCAAAGACCUUUGCCUAUGUUUCUUGUAUAUUACUACUCUCCAUAUGUGUUUGGGUGACACAUAGGCUUGCUUUUGGGGGUAGAGUAACAAGGCUCACAUUUAGACAAGGGGGCUUUUAUUGGUCUCACACAGAAAUAGAUCAUAAACAGCAUGGAAUGACUUGGAGAAAUUUAAGGAGUUAGUGCUCUGUGGAAGUGCCUUUGACUCGGACUUGUGUUAGGAGGAUUGAUAACAUCUUUCUUCUGUGUACAUCUUGUUAGCCAAAUUAAACAGAUGUGCAGGUAUUAAAAACUAUAGAGCCCUAGUGUUUCACGUUGGAACAGUGAAUUUUGCAUGUAACAUUUUCUUUUGCGUGCUGUUUCUUGAAUUCACAACAUAUUGAUAAAUUGUUUAUAUUGGAAUGAGGUUAGGAACUACAUAGUAAAGUGCUGCAUCUCCUUAACACUGUAAGUGUAUAGCCUCACCUUUAAAAAGGUUUUGUGUCUCAACUGGGCAAUGAAAUACACAUAUAAACAUAUGAGUAUAUCGCCCAAGUACGCCAGUGACUUCACUCAUUCUUGUCUAAGGGAAAUGAGAUGAUGCAUCCUAAGGGCUUUUGUAGAACUUUAAUUUCACAAAAUCACUUCAAAAAAUACUGCAUGUGCUGUUUUUGAUUGGGAAUUUUAGGCAGCUUAUCUUUUCUAAUCAGAAGAUUGUGACUUCUCAUUUGUGAGCAGUUCACAAUUCCCUGUUAAAAAGCUGAAGCCAUCUACUUUUUCUUAACCCACAUGACAAACCAACACUAUUCACUACUUUCUUAAAUUUUUAAAUUGAAAGCCAAUGCAGACUUUUGCAUAUGUAAACUAGCAAAUUUUGGUUACAAAUUGCUGACAUUUGUGGAUCCUUUGUACAUAGUUUGGAUAUAUCUUGAAGGCAAAGCUAUCAAUUAACCAAUAGAUUAGUUUACUAAAGCACAGCUGUAUGCAGUUUUGAAUACAGAUGACCUUGAAACUUUAUAAAAUCCAUUUUUAUGACUUUCUGCAGUUGAAGAGGGAUCAUGCCCUUUUAUAGUUCACAGUAUGCCACGAAGAUCACAAAUGCUGAAGAAUAAGAGCUCUGCUUUGCUUUGGCAGUUACUGUCAGGCCAGUUUCUAUGUAUUUGGAUCCUCUGCUAUCGAUAUAUACAUAUACUAUAGGGUUUUAGAGGUUUUGGAUUCAAAUAUUGUCCUUCCAAACUUCUCAGAAAGGUGAAGCUCAAAACUACACAUUAAUUUCUACUUGAGUUACUUAUUGUCAUGUGCUGACAUCAUAGAGAGACCUGACUUGGUUUCCACUUCAGAUCUAGAGUUGACGUCUUGCCCUCUUGUUCUCAGGUGUUUCUAAUUUUUUUCUUCUUCUUUGUAUUCUUUCAUUAGAGAAAUCUCAUGUUUUGGUGUAUUUAUUGACGUUGCUGUAUUUCUUGAACAGUCUGAAGAUUUGUAAAAUGUUACAAACAGUUCUUUAAGGAUAAUAAAAACAAUCUAAAUAUA